AUGGCAAAUCUCUCUGACAAGUCUUCGCUCUACCCCCAACAUAAUGAUCCUAACAUUCACUCACCCCCAAACUCGAGCGAGCUAUCCGCUCUGCCUAGAGGCUACAAUUGUGGCGUCUGCUCCGCCUCCUUCCGGCGUCGUGAGCACUUUGAGCGUCAUCUCAGUAGUCAUUCCAAGCGCAAGGACUUCAGAUGUGACAUUUGCAAUAAACGGUUCACACGGAGGGAUACGUUGCAACGUCACUUAGCACUUCAUGGGCAAGUAUCAACCACAGCCCACACGACGCUCCCGCGGGCGCUCCAUGCAUGUAUCAACUGUGUCAAGUUAAAACAGCGCUGUUCUGGAUCCCGUCCAUGUGAUCGCUGCAGUCGAAAGGGAUUGCCUUGCCAGUUUCCUACAGCCUCCAGGAUCCAAACACAGGAGGUCCGUCCAAAUGCAACGGAACAAAACACAAGUAAUCAAACAAAUCAUACACUGGGACACAAUGACCCGUUUCGGUCAUCUAGUGUAUACGGGCUAUCCCCGGUAAGAACAAUCCAAACCGACCCUAGUGGUUCGAGCAUGGUAGACUUUGCGGGCGGGCCAUCUGCAGACAUCCUAUCCCCUCGCCAGGCUCAGGAAAACUCUCAAUACACCGAUACUACUUCUCUCUUUGACCCGUUCCUUUUUUGGCCUCUGGACAAUGCCUUUGAACAUCCUGGUAUGGCCUCAACUACCUCUUCAGGUCUUCAUACGUCUUCCGGUAUGGCAGGGACCGGGAAUCUACCAAUCAGUAUGUCACUUGGAAGUGAUUAUCCUGCUGAGCUCCCGAAUUCGCAGGAUCAUUCAGUACAUGCCGAGGAGGGUGCUAGGGACCCCUACAAUGCCCAGUCAGGCAAUUAUGUGUCAGACCCCCUGACUCAGGAAGAUCGCGACAUUUUGAUAUCUGAGGAUUACGGACAUGUUCCCAAGCCUUCGAUCUCAACUUAUCAAAAGAUAUGUGCUAACUAUGCGGAUGAGAGUCGGUCUUCGCCAGAAGCACUACCCCAAAGCCUUUAUUCAUUGCAAGUUCUACACACAUGUACACAACUUUACUUUGAGCAUUUUCACCGAGGCUUUCCCAUUCUUCACCAAGGUUCCUUCCAAGCACGAAGUUCGUCAUGGCUCUUGUAUAUCGCCGUCGCCGCCGUGGGAAGCCAGUAUUCUCGACUUCCCGGUCGUACUAGAAUAUUCUUUGAUCUAGUGAAAAUCAUUCGAGUAUCUUUGCUUCAAAAGCUCAAUUCUAUUGUGUCACUUCAAAACAACCUUGAACUUGCCCAGGCCACAUUGCUUUUCAACUUCGCCCUGCUCUUUGGCGGAACACGCGAAGGUAUAAUGCAUUUGCAAUAUCAACGUAACCUGCUGGUCACAAUGUGUCGCCCCUUCCUCGUUCCCUGUGUUCUCUUUGCGAAGAACGACAUGUUAUCAAGUGCUAGUGUGCCAACCACAGAUUGGCAUCAAUGGAUCACAAUCGAGUCUUGGAAGAGAGUUGUAUACUUUACUUGGCUGACCGAAUGCUUCCAAACAAUCUUGUUUGACCUGCCGAGCAUUAUUACGCUUGGCGACAUGCACCUCCGGCUGCCCUGCAAUGAUCAAAUGUGGCAGUCUACAACCUUCCAUGACUGGGAGAGGGCCAGGAGCCUCCAGAGAGAUCCAACGGAAUUGCUCCAUCCUUUUUCUUUACUCAAGGUGAGAGCCGUUGAUGACGAGCGUAUCCGCCGAUUGAGUGACUUAGAGCUUUGGAUAUCGGUAAUUGCGGUGUAUCUUGCGGAAAGACACAUCACCGAACAGCAAUCCUUGUACUCUUCUUUCGGCAUGCAUAAGAUGCCGGACUACAGGAACCUACUUUCUGGGGAGGGUAUCGAUGAACACACUCACGAUCGGGAUAACAUUGACGCUGUCCUUGAGGCUUUUGAGCAAGCGGUUACGCGACGCCGCCAAGAGCCGCCCCUCCUCCCCAUUGUGACAAAGUUCUCUCUUCUUCUUCGACUGAUUCGCUUCAUCCACUAUCGUCAAUUGUAUGCGUCUGUGGGAUGGAUGGCACGGCCCCCGGAGGUUUUCGCUGCGACGCAACACAUUACACAGCGACUGCAAACAGAGCCGAGACGGGCUCGACAAAGCCUCUCGCAUGCUGCUCGGUUAUUCCAAAUAAUUCGUUCCCAGCGUCAGUUCGACCCGUACGAUUCCUUUAUGCUUCUUAUGGCCGUUCUAUACAUCUGGAAUUACGAUAGAUUGGUGAUCUCAGGUCAGCCACCACGCCUGGCCGGUGGAGACAGCGAGGAGAUUCUUCGAAUUGACCAAGACAUGAACGAGGAGGUGCGGAAGAAGUGGAUCGCCGGGACAUUUGACUUGUCUAAGCAUCUUCAUAUCAGUGGGAUUGGGGUGCUCAACGGCCAGAGUAGCCAGCCACGCAUUUUCAGGGAGUCGAUCAGGGUCUUAGGGCAUGACCAGGCUUGGUCGACCCAGGCCAACGCUAUCAGAUCCGCCUUGCAUCAGAUACUAUCCGGGGGCGCUCCAUCAUUUCCCGCUCAAGACGAGGGGUGA